GUUGAGGGCAAUGAUGGCGUAAGAGACGACCAAGGUACAGAGGCCCCUGCUGCUGUACCUUUGAACUUGACUCCACUAUCGUACCAAAUACCACCGAGGCCACCGACACGGAAAAGAAUGCCCCGUAGAGAAAAUUGUCAAACACCUGGUAUUAGUAGUAGUCGUCCAGGCGAAACCAGUCAUGCUAGAGGAACUACUGACAGUACAGGUCCUAAUAAUGGUAGAGAGACCAAUGAUAUUAGUGGUCCUACUGAUGCUCGAGGUACCAAUGUGACUGGAUGGAGCGAUCCAUUUUCUUCUUCGACAAGUUACGGUAAAUUCAAGGAGAAAAUGUAUACAAGAGAAGACAUCGAGGAUCAUAGUCAUUAUAUAUCUACGGGUGGCACACCAGGCGGGGAGUUACAUGUGGGAAAGUUUUUUAGAGACAAAGAGCAUUUAAAGAUGGUUGUUGGCCUGUAUGCAAUGAAGAAAUGGUUUGACUACUACGUUAGGAAGUCCGGUACUGAUAUUUGGUACGUCACAUGUAAGGAUACAGAUUGUGGGUGGAGAUUAAGAGCGAAGAAGAACGUACUUUCUAACAUGUUUGAGGUGAGUACAUUUCAUAAUGUACAUACAUGUUCCCUUGAUCUUCGAGGAAAAGAUAACCGUCAAGCAUCACCUGUAAUAGUUGCCCAUCUAAUUAAGGAUAAGUUCACAACUGACGGCUCGGAUCAGUUGCCCUCUGAUAUAAGAAAAAGUAUGCACAAGGAUUACGGGAUCCAAAUGAGUUACGAAAAGGCAUGGGGGUGCAGAGAGAAGGCAAUACACCUGUCUCGGGCUACACCUGAAGAUUCGUACUCUUUAUUACCUAGUUACUUGCACAUGCUACAGUUGCGGAAUCCAGGUACCAUCACGGAUUUUGUGGUAGAAGAUGGUCGCUUCAAGUAUUGUUUCUUCUCUCUGGGUCCUUCUAUUCGGGGGUUUAAGUUUUGUCGACCUGUUAUAUGCGUUGAUGGGUCUUUCUUGAAGACUAGGUAUGGUGGGCAAAUGUUGUGUGCAGUGGCUUUGGAUGCAGGGAGUCAUAUCUUUCCGAUAGCUUUUGCUAUAGUUGACAGUGAAAACCACAAUUCCUGGACCUAUUUUAUGAGAAAAUUGAAAGAAACGAUUGGUGAUGUUGAGAGCUUAGCUUUUGUUUCGGAUAGGCAUCAAAGCAUUGUUCGUGCUUUGGAUAUCGUGUUCCCUGAUGCACACCACGGUGCAUGCUACCACCACAUUAUUAUGAACGUCAACCACAAGUUCAAGACUGACGUCUUCACGAAUCACAUUUACACCUGUGCGUACACGUAUUCAAGAUCAGAGUUUCACAGAGAAUUUGAGAACAUUCGGGCCAUGAAUCCAGCGGUUGCAAAAUAUCUUGAGGAAAUCGGAUUUGAAAAAUGGGUCCGGUCGUACUUUCCAGGGGUACGUUACAAUGUAAUGACGAGCAACUGGGCUGAGAGCUUCAACAACACAACUAAGGAUGCAAGAGGCUUCCCGAUCACUGCUGCUGUAGCAUUCCUGAGGUCCAAAGUCCAGAAGUGGUUUGCUUCACGAAAAGAAAAAGCUGACAAGUGGACGAAACCCCUAGCACCAGAAAUGGAGGAGGACUUGACAUUGCAUUUUGAAAAAGGUCGGUAUUUGAACGUUGACUCAUGCGGGCCUUACACGUUGCAGGUUCACCCUGGAGGAACAGUUAUGACCGGUGGCAUAGUGGACUUGCAGGAACAUACUUGCACUUGCGGCUUGUUCCAGUGCAUGAAGUUUCCUUGUCCUCAUGCAUGUGCUGCAUGUCAGGAGCGAAGUAUUAGCGCGUACACACUAUGCUCACCAUAUUACACAACUGAAUAUUGGAGGAGGACAUAUGAAGGAACAAUUAUGCCAGUUGGUGACGAGGAUGAUUGGGAAUUGCCUGAUGACAUCAAGAACAUGACAGUUGGAGUGCCUGUUGAGAAGCAACCAGUAGGGCGACCCAAGAAGCAAAAGGUUGGAAGAAUUAAGAACAACCGAACUGCUUGUAACGGUGAAAGGAUUAUCAAAUCGUGAAAUUGUAGCAUGUGCGGUGCCAAUGGGCACAACAGAAGCACUUGCAACUACCGAGGUUAAAAAUGUUAUUUUAGUUUAUUUGUAUCGUGAUGGGUUGGACUAUUAUGUAUUGUUAUUGAAUUAAUGUUGGACUAUUUUAAACAUUAGAAUUUGUGAUAUUUUAUGUUUACAUAAUUAUUAUAAUUUGUUGCACGAAAGAAAGGCGUAAAAUUUGUAUGAACUCUUGAAAAAACAUAAACAUACCAAUAAAAAAAACCAGUUACAUUGUUAUCUUAAUAAAUACCAAAUAAAAAAAACAUUUGUUCAUGCUAAAUUCUGGUAAAACAAAUCUACACACCACCGCUCUCUAAAUUUCUUCAUAUUCUCAUCGUGCACAUUAUCAAACGUAGUCUCCAGCAUACUAUGCUCGAUGUGCUCUAUCACGUACA